AUGUUGUCAACUAUCUCGUCGUCGCAGAGCUUCUUCCCUUGCUCGUCUUCCAUCUCCAUCAGCCCGCUCAUCAAGUCGUUGCUGGCAUCCACCGUCGUGUCGUACAGCGAGAACGAGCAGCGGAACGGCGCCGACGAGGAGGCCGAUCCACCACGUCCAGCAGUGCACAGCGGACAGCACAUUCCUUUCUCUAAUCUUGCUUCUCGGUUCAACACCAUGCCCGGUGUAGAUUUGAAUGAGCCUAUCAACUGGGAUGAGCUCGGAGAGUUUGAGGGAAACGCCGAAGAUUUGGACUACGAUUAUGUUUGGGACUCCGGCAACGAAGAUGACGACGACGACGACGAUAACGACGAAGGUGAAUAUGAAGGUGAUGGCAACACUGCUGAUGGCGAAGCAGUCCAUGGAGACGUCGUGGUUGAACAAGGGGAGCCCGUGCAGCAAGUAGAAGAAGAGUCCAUGCAGCAUGUUGAAGAAGCAGAUGCUGGCGACGUGGCUGAUUUUGUGGCAUUCGACUCAGGUACUCCAUUGCGGCAUGCAUGCAUCGCUAUGUGA